CCUACGCGCUGCCGUUUUUCUUCCGCGCUUAUUAUUCGGCAGGUCGCCGUGUCAUCUUUCUUUUUUUGUCGUGGCAACAGCCGGACGUCGUAGCGCCGCCCCAUUUGUUUCCGGAGUUUUGAUCCGCGCCGUUCGAUCAAACCGAUGCCGUGAUCCGCCCCACUUCUUUCCGUCUCUCCACUGCCGUGGCAGUCGAACGGAUUGCAGAUGACUUGCCAUAAGAACCUCAGACCACUUGAAGACUUCUUGUAGAAGCCGUGACGGAGGCUAGCCCGUCGUCUACAAUCUGAAACCCCGUCUCAUUCGGGACUGCGCCCACCGCCUGAGCGCACUCCGUUCGGCCAAUCGCUCCGCAAACACAUGAAAUCAAAACAAAAGGAAGCGACCUGCGCGGGGCCGUUUCCCCUCCGCGGGAUAAUUAGCGGCGGUGCCCGCUCGGUCGGGGGUUCUGACUCAGCGCGGCGCCGUGCUUUUUUUUCUUAAAACGCCCGCCGCUCUCUCGCCGAAUGCACGCGAAUGGCAGUGUCGCGGGUGGUCACCAGUCAACGCUGGUGCCGAAGGCACGUGCCGUACUUCGCCAUCGGCGUGGCCAUCCUGAGCGUGCAGAUCGUGCUCGGGUACCUGUUCUACCUAGCGCCGGCGUCGGAUUCGCACGCCGGACAUCUUCCGACCGCACGGACGGCUGGAUCGAGAGCGUCCGACUCACAGGCCAGCAAUGGACGGGAACAGAGUGCCCAGUCAGAUGACGAAUACAACGACGAGGAAGGCGGGCAGCACCCGCGCUCGGAAUCCCGGCGAAGUCCAUUGGCGUCGAACUACGUCAACGGGUCGGAGGCCAUCAACUGGGAUCAAUUGGGGUUCCGGCCUGAAUGCGACAUCGUCGAGAAAGACGCCCUCUCCGCGAUACGGCGUGCCACCACGACCCGGUGCAAACAGGAGUUGGCGAACGUGACCUGCCUCGUUCGGCGCGGCUUGCUGUACCCGAGCGAGCUGCCGCGGUUUUGCGAGACUUCGCCGGGACGGGUAAUCGGCGCACACCUGGGCUGCUUCCGCGACGACCGCAAGUCGCGCAUCUUCGAACGGCUGGCCUCGCGGACACGCUCCAAUUCUCGGCGUCACUGUGUCGGCCUCUGCCUGCGUCUCGGAUUUGCCUGGGCUGGCCUUCAGUAUGGCACGGAGUGCUUUUGCAGCAAGGAGGGGCCUGCGGCAAACCUCACACUGCCGUCUCGCUACUGCGACAUGGUCUGCCCUGCCGACGACGGCGAGUUGUGCGGGGGCUAUCUUGCCAUGGACGUCUUCUCGACCGGGUUGCCCUCUGUCGGCGAAGUCACGAAACGCGAGAUCCUCUGGCCGCUGGCGCCGACGACCGCCAAGACGCUGAAGCCGGCGCGCGUCGCCUUCCUGCUCUGCGUCAACGGCCGUGCGGUGCGUCAGGUGCUGCGCCUGUUGCAGUUUCUCUACCACGAGCGUCACGUUUUCUACAUUCACGUCGAUGCCCGGCAAGACCACCUGUACCGGUCCCUGUUGCCGCUGGAGUCGCGGUACAGCAACGUGUACCUGGCACGUGAUCGCCUGGCCACAAUCUGGGGCGGUUCGAGUCUGCUGGAGAUGCUCCUGCGGGGCAUGGCCUACCUGCUGCGCCGGCACCCCGGUUGGGACUACUUUGUGAACCUGAGCGAGACGGACUACCCCGUCAAGUCUCGCGAGGAGCUGGAAAUGUUCCUGGCAGCCAACAUGGGCUCUAAUUUUGUCAAGUCUCAUGGCCAAGACACGCAAAGGUUCAUAGGGAAGCAGGCGUUGGAGCGCACGUUCCAUGAGUGCGGUGGGCGUAUGUGGCGCCUGGGGCCGCGCACGCUACCAUGGGGACUACGGCUCGACGGGGGCAGCGACUGGGUCGCCCUGCAUCGCGACUUUUGCUCCUACGUUGCACUGGCCGAACACGAGGACCCCCUGUUGCAGGGACUCAAGGCACUGUUCCGGCACACUCUCUUGCCGGCCGAGUCAUUCUUUCACACGGCGCUGCAAAACAGCAUCUUCUGCGGCACGGUGGCCGACCAGAAUCUGCGGCUGGUCAACUGGAAGCGCCGCCAGGGUUGCCAGUGCCAGCACCGCCAUGUCGUUGACUGGUGUGGGUGCUCACCAAACGUCUUCCGCACCGAUGACUGGCCUCGCAUUCAGGCCACUCGCGAUCGUCCAGUCUUCUUUGCCCGGAAGUUUGAGUCAUCAGUCAGCCGUAAAGUGCUAGACCAGGUGGACGUGUGGAUCGCGGAGUCGCGACCACACCUCUCAUCAGCUGGCCCCGUCGUGCCGCCCACUGGCUACUGGCAGAACGAGUUCGACAGCGGUGAUGGCGUGGCUGCGGACGACGUCAAGUUGACGGUCUAUGAGAGUCUGGCGAGGCUCGCCGACCGUCACCUCGGUUCGUUCUGCGUCAUCGGCCGCAACCAUAGCCUUUCUAUUGAUGCCAUUCAUCUAUACUUCUUCGGAGACCAAUUUCAGGGCCUGCUGAUGUCGUACACGACCGGCGGCGACUCGUACGAGGCACACCUGGCAUUGCUGGAGCGGUGGCAGCCGGGCAACCAGGAUACGGCCGCGGCUCCAGCCCUGGCUCGGCUUCGGUUCAUCUCCGUGGGGACAGAGUAUGACCCAAAAGAGCAGUUGAUCCGCGACCUCGCUCGAAUUCUGGGACCGGAGUCAUCGCCGGGCAUCCUCCACUCGUGGGGCAGCGGCCCAGCCAUUGCGGUCACCAUCGUCUGGGUGGAUCCAGCCAAGGUGGUUGCUGGAUCGUACGAGGUCCAGGUCGAGGCGGGGCCGCAGACGCUGUUCCAUCGCCCUGAGUUCCGCAAGCCCCUUCGCCCUGGCACCUGGACCGUCAUGCUGUUCCAUCACUGGUCUCUAGUGGCUCAGAUGCGCUUCCUGGUCUCUCCUGUUGCCUACCACGACAAGAUUAAGCUAACCUCAACAACGAUCGCGUCGCGGGUCAACGGCGGGCCUCAUGGUCCCUACAUCGGCCACGACCUGUCCCGCGUGGAGGAGCACCUGGGCUACUCGGCCGAGACGCGCCGCACGCUCCAGGCGCAGGCGGACGACGACGCGUUUCUCAUCGGCGCGGACCUUGAUAGAUGGGUCGACGCGCUGACGGCGCAGUUCUGGACGUUCCGCGUGGCAUGUGUCGCGCGCCAUGCAUCGUCAAGCAGUGCGUGCGAGUCGUUGACGCCGUGCCGCGAGUGCGCCUGGAGUUCGCAUUGGCCGGAUCCGACCAUGCAGGUCGUGACUGGCACAUAAAGCUGCACAGUUUUCUAGAUGCUUUUUUUUUACAAGAACUGAAAUUUUGGUCAGUAUGCAGGAAUUCACGUUGAACAAGUAGCGCGAAAGGUCAGGAUACAAUAGGGAAUGAGCAUCUCAGACGAGUGCUUUUUUUCGCUUUGCGGAGGAGCUCAGUCAAAGCUCGCACGGCUCAUUCUCAAUCUCUCGCCCAUGACAGCGGAGAUUGCUGGCACAAGUCGGCGUGCUUGCUACUUUUGUAGUUGUUAGUCUAUAGUGCGCGAGUGUCCUUGUGCUUGAUCACUGAGUAGGAGCAAACGCCUCGUGACAGUUCGCCGUCCCCUGCCGAGCUUGCCUUGGCCGUUAGGCCUAAAGACAGAAAAAUGUGCCAUUUGGUACUUGAUCCAACGUGGAUGACCAGCUAAAAGCAAAACAUACAUGAACAGUGUGUUGACGCGCUUUCUGAAAGAGCAAGGAAGGAAUAGGGAGAUGUCUUUCGUAAUACGUCAUUGGAUGUUGCGGCAUAACUGUGAAAGGCGUCUUGAUUACAUCAGCAGUUCAAAUGUAGCCAUACGAUGGAUGUAAAGUUCCACAUUAGAUAUGACUAUAGCAUUAGCUCUCGAGACCUUCACUGUGAAGACAAAAUAAUUUGAAG